ACCAAUCCGAGUCCGGGGCCCCGACCCGACCUUCCCACUCGCGCAGAUCUGGAACUCCUCCGCUUUCUCUCUAUUCAACAACAUGUUGUCUUCGUUUUCGCUUUCUUCAGCAAUUUGACUUCCGCUUACAGAUAAGCAUCUCUCAACAAAUCGUGAUCUCGCCUUCGGGAGACCGACCCGCUUUUUGCCGUUAAGUAUCUUCGUCUGAGCCAUGGGAGUGCCGGCGUUCUACAGGUGGCUCGCGGACCGCUACCCGCUUGCAAUUGCCGAUGUCGUGGAGGAGGAGCCGCAGGCGGACGCGAGUGGCAUCCCUAGGCAUGUUGACGUCUCCAGACCUAACCCUAACGGCAUGGAGUUCGACAAUCUGUACUUGGACAUGAAUGGAAUCAUUCACCCUUGCUUCCAUCCCGAAGGCAGGCCAGCACCGGCUACAUACGAUGAUGUGUUCCGGUCAAUAUUUGAUUACAUUGACCAUAUAGUUUCUUUGGUUCGCCCGAGGAAGAUUCUCUAUAUGGCAAUAGAUGGGGUUGCUCCAAGAGCUAAAAUGAACCAACAGCGAUCUCGUCGCUUUAGAGCUGCCAAAGAUGCUGCUGAAGCUUCAGCUGAAGAAGAAAGAUUGAGGACAGAAUUUGAGGCACAAGGGAGACUCUUGCCUCCUAAAGAAAAACCUGAAACAUCAGACUCUAAUGUCAUCACUCCGGGCACUCCGUUCAUGGCAGUACUAUCAAUUGCACUUCAGUACUAUAUACAAUCUAGGCUGAACCAUAAUCCUGGGUGGCAGUAUAUGAAGGUUCUUCUUUCGGAUGCAAAUGUUCCUGGUGAAGGAGAGCACAAAAUCAUGUCAUAUAUUAGAUCACAGCGUCACCUUCCUGGCUUUAACCCAAACACACGGCAUUGUCUGUAUGGCUUGGUAAGUGACGCGGAUUUGAUCAUGCUUUCUUUAGCUACGCAUGAGAUUCAUUUUUCAAUACUAAGAGAGAUGGUAACAUUUUCUGGACAGCAGGAUAAAUGUUUUCAAUGUGGUCAAGCUGGUCAUCUUGCUGCUGAAUGUCGCAGUAAGGCUGGAGGUGAUCCUCUAGACUGGAAUGUGGAAAAUGAUAUUCCAAUCCACAAGAAAAAGUAUCAGUUCCUCAAUAUCUGGAUCUUACGGGAAUAUUUGGAAUAUGAUUUGGAAAUUCCAAAUCCUCCAUUUACAAUCAACUUUGAGCGCAUUGUGGACGAUUUUGUAUUCCUGUGUUUCUUUGUUGGCAAUGACUUCCUUCCACACAUGCCAACUUUAGAAAUCAGGGAGGGUGCUAUAACUUUGCUUAUGCAUGUUUACCGAAGGGAAUUCUCUGCAAUGGGUGGUUAUCUUACUGAUGCGGGUGAGGUUUUUCUGGAUCGAGUUCAGCAUUUUAUCCAGUCCGUUGCUGUUCAUGAAGAACAGAUUUUCCAGAAGAGGACUCGAAUACAGCAGGCUAUGGAGAAUAACGAGGAAAUGAGGUACAGAGCAAAAAGGGAACAACCUCCGACUCCAGCAUCUGCGACAGACAAGGUUAAACUUGGGGAGGUUGGAUACAAAGAAAGAUAUUAUGCUGAAAAAUUUGAUGCAUCAACUCCGGAGGAGCUAGACAAAGUGAGAAAAGAUUUAGUUCUAAAAUAUGUUGAAGGGUUAUGUUGGGUAUGCCGGUACUACUACCAAGGUGUUUGCUCGUGGCAAUGGUUUUAUCCGUACCAUUAUGCUCCAUUUGCCUCAGACCUUACAGAUCUUACCGAGUUGGAGAUAACUUUCUUUUUAGGCGAGCCAUUUAGGCCCUUUGAUCAGCUCAUGGGGACCCUGCCAGCCGCAAGUUCUAAUGCUUUACCCGAAGAGUACAGAAAACUGAUGACAGAUCCCUCAUCACCAUUACAAACAUUCUUCCCUUCUGAUUUCGACAUUGAUAUGAAUGGUAAACGCUUUGCCUGGCAGGGUGUUGCUAAAUUGCCAUUCAUCGACGAGAGGAAAUUAUUAUCACAAACAAAGAAGCUUGAGAGUACACUAACGGAGGAGGAGCGUGCUCGCAACAGUGUGAUGCUUGAUUUGCUAUAUGUCCAUCCUGUUCAUCCUGUAGCUCAGCAAAUUGUCACGUACUACCAUCAUAACUAUCCAUUACCACCUUAUGCAAGAUUUCUUUGGCCAAUCGACCCAAAUGCUAGCAGUGGGAUGAAUGGGUAUAUCGGCUUGAGUGAUAGGAAUGUGCACAGAACCUUGGUUCCAUCCCCUGUUAUUGGAUUGCCACAUAUAGAGUAUAACCAAGUUUUAAAUAUCACAUAUCUUUCUCCUGUUAGCCAUAGACACAUCCCAGAACCUCCAAAUGGUUUAAAAUUUCCUGCAAAGAUUGUGAAGGGAUAUGAUAUCAAACCAUUCCCCAUACUAUGGCACGAAGACAACAGUGGACGGCGUCAACAAGGCAGAGAGAGGCGUCAAUUAUCUGGGGCGAUUGUCGGUCCACAAUUGGGUGAAGCAGCUCAUCGUCUUGUUAAAAACACUCUUAACAUCAGGUCAAACAAUGGAGGGUUGCUUGAUCAGCCUCUAUAUACUAACAGUGCUGGUAACAAUCAUAUCUCCAACAGAAGCAGAAUGCCUGCUCCUCGUUAUGGUAGAGGCGGCUAUGGUGAUGCUCAAAACUACGGUUACGGACACUACAACAGCAACAAUAACUACCAACAGGGCGGGCCUCGAUAUCCUUUCCCAAUGAAUGGUGUCCAAGGACCUCGGCACAACUUUAGGCCGCCGGAGAGGGUACUACAGAGCCACGAAAAACCCAGUGACUUGAGGAUGGGAAUGUCCGCUCUGACACUAGAUGAAGGAAACAGCCGAGUUGGGCCACCUCCAGUGUUGUUACAGCGGAGGCCUAAUUCGGGAUUUACACAGAAUUUGAACCACCAGUUCGAGCAAGCCACCACAGGUCCCAUCCCUUCACCGCCUACCAAGUGGAUCAAUAGCAUACCAGAUGGAGAGACGGACACUUAUUUCAGAUAAGAACAGCCACGAGAAGGGUGAAUGAGAAGCAGCAGGUGAAACCUGUUUAUCUGAUCAAGACAGGCAGCUCCAGAAGCUUCAAACGCUGUAGCUGAACCAAACCACCAGUAGCAUUGCAGAGCGGGAUUCGUAACUUAUAAAACAUGUUCUCUCUCAGUCCAAGGUGUUGUAACAUCUCCACCAAAGUCGGCCGUUAGAUGUUUCGGCCAAGGUUCUAAUUUAUGAAAGUGGCUUACCUAAAAGAUGUCGCAGCUUUUAGGGAAAAAGUGUAUACAAGUAGAGUUGUUGUGAUGCUGGGGUUAUUUAUUAGUUCUCGUUAUGGGUUGAAAAUCUCGGUUCUUCCUUAUGGAGUUCUAUACAGGGGAAGAGUCAGUUAGUUGGGCAGGUUUCAGGGUUAGUUGUAAUUAUCUUCUUUGUAUCCUUGUCAUUGGUGUUAUAUCAUUUGUUGCAAUUCCUCUGUUUUCGUUAUCCAAAGACUGAAACAAUUUCUAUCAAGACCGUCAUUUCCAUUUCAAAAAGAAAAAGAAAAUUAAUUUUUGGGUAACUUCUGAGCUGUAUGACUGUUGUAAAUGUGAUAAGUUCAGCAGGUGGAAGCCAAGGUUGUUAAAACCUGGAAAGAGGGGACGACCUCUGACUCUGAUGCUGCACAAGGGAGGUAACAGAAAUAAACUCAAGCUCUUGCUAUUCUUGGGUAUGUAUCAUGCUGGAACGAUGAUGGUUUGUUUUGCUCGACGGAAAUGUUGCAGAGGGCUAAACCAUAAGAGACUAUCAAGCUCGCUUUUGGCAAGAAAAUGCAAGAUGUUGGCUAACAGGGUUAAUGAUAUCGAGGCCCCUUGGUCCUGACAGCUCGACUUGAUUGUGAAGGUCAUCCAAUCAUCGUCCGAAGGGAUUUUCUAUUCUGGUAUAUUCUCUAUGUCCUCCCAUUUCCAUUGCUGAAAUCAGAAAAAUGAAGCUAGCUAGAAGAAUCCUGCGAUAGUAGUACACCAAACCGUGUAUUCUAUACAAUGCUCAUUGAAAGGCAGACACAUAUAUAUAUGGUAUAGUAAUAGAAGCAAACAGGCAGUUGCCAUGAUGAUUAAGAAGCCCAAAAACGAACAGUUGAGAUGCCGCCAUUGAUACAUAGCACUAUCAUUGCAGGAAGUAGCCGCCCAAGAAGAGAGCAAAGAAGAGCAGCAAACUCCCGUAUAUCAAAAUGGCCUUCUGCCCAGAAGUGAGCGCGUUCCCUCCCAGCCCAUACUGCUGGUUCUCGGCAAACCCGGCGAUCUCCACGCUCUUGCUCUGGAAGAAGCUCCGGGCAGCUCCGCAGGUCGGGCACCUCCAGUCCGCCGGGAGCUGCUCGAACGGCAAGCCCGGUGGAACCGGGUACGACGGGUCGCCGACCGCCUCGUCGAACUUGUACCCGCACGACCUGCACUCGUAGAUCCCCGUGUUCAGCACUGCAAACUUCUCCUCCAGCCUCCGCUGGUCGAAAUCGAAUUGCUGCCCGGCCUCCGUUUCUGAUGAUAGCUCGGCCACUGGUUCGCUGGCCUGGGCGGCGGGUUCAGAGGUCGGCGGUUUGUCUUCCUUGGAGACAUCAAUGGAGGAGAUGGCGAAAUGGGAAGGCUUGUGGAGGGAAAUGGACGGUGGUCUUAGUUUGGGGAAAUGGCAUUUGGUUGUGGGUUUUGAGUGGGAACGGGAUGUCGUGAGGUGGAAGGUGAAGGUGGGUCUUGUGGCCGCGGACGCCAUGGAAUGGGGACCUGGAGAAAUUGGAGUUAUAUGUUGCUCCUUUCAAUGGAGGUUUUUGCCUGUGCUGCCGGGGGUGGGGGUGGGGAUGGUGGUGAGUUUCUGGGUGGUGGAGAAUUGAAGAGGAUCCAUUGUAGAGGUCAGAGGAGCAUAUGCUGUUUGUUUGGGGAAGGGAGGUGGAUAAGGUGGGGAACAACUUCCUUUCCAAAGGGUUAGAGGCUUAGAGCAAAGUGAUGGGCCGCGUUUGGUGUAAUGGGUUCCUUGGGCCGGCUGGAUCCAACAAGAAACUAAAAACUAGAAACGGGUGAACUU